AACAAUAUCGUGCACCCUGCUCCGCAACUUUUUCCCAAGAUGGAGUUCCUCCUUUUAAUAACCGCGAUAAUAACCCCGACUCUUGCUGUUGUGUCCGGGAUCACGGGUGUCAAUUGUCACGGUUACAUCUUCACACCGGCACAAGUCUCCAACGCCGCUAAUGCAGCUCUAAGCCAUCUGAAUGCCGGUACCCAAGUAGGCUCAAACGAUUAUCCGCACCAGUACAACAACCGCGAAGGUUUCAUCUUCAAUUCGGGCUGUUGGCCCCCGUACUACGCGUUUCCAAUUUUUAGGGACCACGUGUAUACCGGUGGUUCUCCGGGUCCGGAUAGGGUUGUUAUAUAGGAAGUUGGGAUGGGACCAGUGGUGCACUUUGCGAUGGGAUUACGCACUACGGCGCGAGUGGGAAUAAUUUUUUGCAGUGCACCGAUUCCACUGAAUCAUCCCAUGAUGUGGCAUGAAUCGGAUAGGAGCGAGAAGGAAGAUAUGCGCUAUUGGGUUACAAUAGUUAUAUCACAAAAGCUGAUGGAUGAAAGGAAAUUUUUGUUUCAGUCCUUCCUCCGUCCUCCCUGUGAGAGGGAAAGAGGGAAGAAGGAAAAGGUUAAAAUUGAGAUUUAAAAAAAAAAAAAAAGGAUAGAAGCUCCGACUCCAAA